UCUACAUAUAGAUACUAUCUUCUUUAAGAAUUUAUUCUAAAUUCGUUCUAAAAUUUUCUCUGAGGUGACCACUGAGACUGAGCUAUGUACUUGAAGAAGCCCCAAUGGACCGAGGGAAUCACCCCCAAGCCCACGCCGGAAUCCGAAUCAGACUCACCGACCACCGCCGUCGGCGAUCUGGUCAACUCCUUGACCACCCAGAGAGUCUACCGUGAGGUAACCCUCGCGCUCCGAAGCGGCCUGAGGGAGGUCCGCGCCGAGUUCUCGUUCCUCCGAGUCCGCGGCCUCCGCUCGCUCCUCAAGUUCCUCCGAUCCGUCGCCGAGUCCGACUCCACCAUCAACCUCUUCUCCCAGACCCAAUCGAUUCCGGAGCUUCAAGUGGUGCCGGUUCUGUUUCAACACUCGCUGAAAGAGGCGGAGGACGAGAUCGUGAGGAAUUUGGAUCACAUUUUCGGCGUGGAGCCUCUGAAAAUCACCACUCCUUCGACUGACUCGGAGAUUUCGCUUGCGCUUCGGGUUUUGGAAGGGUGCUGUUUGCUUCAUCGGGAAAGUGCCGUCUUGGCUCACCAGCACAAGGCUAUUCAGGUGUUGAUGAAUAUAUUGCCUACUAGAGGAGUGGCUGAGCAGGGUGUGUGCUUGGAUGCUUUGACUGCCAUUAUGUUGGAUUCGUCAGCUAAUCAAAUGGACUUUGAGGCACUUAAUGGUAUCGAGGAAGUUGCAGAGCUUAUAAGAGAUAAGCAAGUUGAUGAGAAUCUCAGGUUGAAAUGUGGAGAGUUCCUGCUGCUACUCAUAGGGCAUGUAAAUGGGAGGGACAGGCCACCCUUGGCAACUGUACAUGAAGACAUAAAGCGACUUUUGGGUGAGAAAUCUGCUUCCCUUAUCUGGGCAGCCAGUCAAUUUGGCUCAACUCUUGAUCCGGAGCAAAGACUAACUGCCCUUCACAUCCAAGCUCGUCGUGUACUGGAGUCAUUGGACCUGUACUGAAUCUGAACAUAGAAACCACCAUAGGUCUUACUCAUUGUUUUUAAGAAAAUCACCAUCUGUAACCGUAUUUCCUCCAUUGCUUUGUGUGUUUCUCUGCAAUGGCUGAUUUUUGAAAAUGUUUGAGAAAUUGACUUGAAGAAACCGUGUUAACCUAUUUCUUAC